CUGGUCUUCCACGGGACUUCCUGGUUCUUGCAGCCUGUUCUGUCUGUCGGCAGAGUUUCACUAGUUUAAGAGUUUAAUAGAGUUUAAUUAAACUUUAUUAAACUCUAUUAAACUCUAUUAAACUCUUAAAACACAACAGAGUCGGGAUGAACGCGCUGCUGCGGCGGGCCGGAGCCGGAGCGUGGAGAGGUUUCCACGUGUCAGCUCCCGCGGCGACCUUUGACCUGAGGAAGGUUGAAUUAACGCCUCUGGAGCAACGUAAACUCACCUUCGACUCCCACGCCAUGGUGACGGAGCUCGAGAGCAGCGGUUUUGAGAAGCGUCAGGCGGAUCUGAUCGUUUCCGCUCUGGUUACCUUGACGACGGCCAACAUUGACAUCGUCUACAGAGACAUGGUGACCAAAUCACACCAGGAAAUCACAGUGCAGCAGAUCAUGGCUCACCUGGACUCCAUCAGGAAGGACAUGGUGAUUCUGGAGAAGAGCGACUUCGCCAACCUGAGAUCUGAAAACACGAAAAUGAAACGAGAGUUGGAGCAGAUACACAACCGACUGAAGGAGGAGAGUCUGAAAGUCCGAGCUGAAACCAAACUGGACAUCAACCUUCAGAGCAGCCGGAUCGCUGACGUGUUUUCUGAACAGGAGAAGAAGCUGAUGGAGGCGAGCACAGAGUUCCAUCACAAGAAAGCCGACCUGGAAAACUACAACAUGGAGAUCAACCGUAAGAUCGACCUUCAGGUGGCGUCGCUCAAAACUGUCCUGGAGUCUCUCAAACUGGAGACGAUCCGCUACCUGGCAGCGACGGUGUUCUCCUGCCUGGCCAUCGCUCUGGGAGUCUACCGGCUCUGGAGGUGAACCGUCCACAGCCGGAACUCUUUUAACUCGUCUUCCUCCUCCGCAAAAAGUAGUUCCAGUGAACUCAGCUGCUGCUACAAAACGUCACAAUUUAAUGUUCAAAGUCAAAUGUUACUUCAGUACAGAAGUAUCGUCAGCAAAAGUAAAGCAUGCAGAAGAAUUAGAGUGUACUUAUACUUUAAAGUACCAAAGCACAUUUACUCAUGUACAGUAUGCAAGAACAGUGUAGAGGUAUUUGUACUUUACCUGAGUAUUUUUUUAAUGCUGCUUGAUAUUCUACAUCACUACAUUUAAUUUACUUAAGUCUGAAGCAGUACAAGUACAACAAUUUAAAAAAAGCUUCCUGCUUUCAAAGUCAUACUUCAGUAAAAGUAAGUUCUGAUACUUUGAAUGAUUUUUAAUGCAGUCACUGUUAAUGCAGUACUUUUAUAUUUGAUAUUUUUAAGAAGUGAAUAUUUAAUGAACCUGUUUAUAAGAUUUAUUUGAUAAUUAUGUUUUGAAUUUGAUGGUUGGGUUGUUGAUUAUUGUUUCAAAUGUAGAAACAUUCAUUGUGUUUGAUUUUAUUUGAU